CCGGCGCGGGGUGGCCAUGGGUAUCAGGGGGAUCCUGCGAGCCGCCGUGCUCCUGCUCCUCAUCAGGACCUGGCUCGCGGAGGGCAACGAGCCCAGUCCUACCCCAAAAUUCCACUUCGAGCUCUCCCCGACCGUGCCCGAAGUCAUCCUGAACCUCUUCAACUGCAAAAAAUGUGCAAAUGAAGGUGUGGUUCACAAGAUUUUGGACAGGGUCCUGUCGAAUUAUGAUGUCCGUCUGAGGCCAAAUUUUGGAGGUGCCCCUGUGCCCGUGGGAGUAUCCAUGUAUGUCUCCAGUAUCGAGCAGAUCUCAGAAAUGACUAUGGACUAUACGAUCACAAUGUUUUUCCAUCAGACCUGGAAAGAUCCACGUUUAGCAUACCAUGAGACCGACCUGAACUUGACCCUGGACUAUCGGAUGCUGGAGAAGUUGUGGGUGCCUGACUGCUACUUUCUAAAUAGCAAGGAUGCUUUUGUGCAUGAUGUGACUGUGGAAAACCGCGUGUUUCAGCUUCACCCGGAUGGAACGGUGCGGUAUGGCAUGCGACUUACCACCACAGCAGCAUGUUCCUUGGAUCUGCAGAAAUUCCCUCUGGACAAGCAGACCUGCAAGCUGGAAGUGGAGAGCUAUGGUUACACGGUUGAAGACAUUGUAUUAUACUGGGAAGGCAAUGGGAAUGCCAUCCAGGGGACUGAGAAGCUGCACAUUCCUCAGUUCAGCUUCCUGGGAAAGACGAUGAGUAGCAAAGAGGUGUUUUUCUACACAGGUUCCUAUGUGCGCCUGAUACUGAGGUUCCUGGUCCAGAGGGAAGUUACCAGCUACCUUGUGCAGAUCUAUUGGCCUACUGUUCUUACCACUGUCGUCUCUUGGAUAUCAUUUUGGAUGAACUAUGAAUCCUCUGCAGCCAGGGUGACAGUUGGUCUGACUUCAAUGCUCAUCCUGAACGCCAUCAACUCACAUCUGCGGGAUAAACUCCCCCAAGUUGCCUGCAUUAAGGCCAUCGACAUCUAUAUGGUCGUUUGCUUCUUAUUCGUGUUCCUGUCCUUGCUGGAAUAUGUCUACAUCAACUAUCUUUACUACAGCCGAGGAGGAUCCCGGCGCAACCAAAGGCGACGCAGGAGAGCCCGAAGAGUCAUGGCCCGCUACCGAUAUCGGGAAGUAAUGCUGCAGCCCUUUGCAAACCGAAGAUCCCAAGAAGAGAUGAUUCUGUCAGUGGAAGAGAUCGACACUCACAUUGCAACUGUUGAUGAGGAAAGCCCUCUCUCUCCUCUUCCCUCCCCACCACCAGUGCUUAUUCAUGUAGGGCUUGCAAAUCCUGAUGCCAUAAAUGUGUCUACUAUCUCCUUGAGGGAAGACCAGAUUAGCAUAGAAGAUGAAAGUGGCUCUCUGUCAUCCAGGCCAGCGCGGGCCUGCCUGGCAAGCCUAGAAAGCCUCAGCUCUUUGACCUCCAUCCCAGGGCAGGCCCCACUGGCCACCGCAGAAAGCCUCAGCUCACUGUCUUCUCUCUCAGAGCUGGCCUCGCUGGCCUCUAGAGAAAGCCUGAGCGAUCUCCCCUCCACCCCAGAGCAGGCCCCACACAGGUAUGGCAUUCACGUUAAUGGUUUUGAGAAUGAUGACAGUGUUACUCCUACUGAAAUGCGCAACCUUGCUGAGGCCCAUGACCACGCUGAGAUCAGUGACCCAGAAGACCCUGAAGAGAACUUCAGCUUGGAUGAGAGUCCUGUCCAUAUCCCUAGUGGGAGGCCUCUGCUGCUCUACGGCCACAGGCAUGUGCGGGAAGCAAGCUGCAGCCUUGAUGAGAUCCGUAGCAACCUUAAUGAGAUCCGUAGCAACCUUGAUGAGAUCCGUAGCUUGCCUGAUGACAUCAGAGUUGAGAGUGGCUACCUUGACCUUGAGAAGCAACUCAGGUAUGAUCUUUACAACUGGAGGCCUAAUGCUAAGAAGUUUAUGCGCCUUAACCGACGCAAGGACAGUAACUCCGAGUCUGAUGACAGUUGCCCGCCAAGUCCUGGGUGUUCCUUCACCGAAGGGUUCUCCUCCAAGCUCUUUGACCCUGACUAUGUCCCUAAGGUCGACAAGUGGUCCCGGAUCCUCUUCCCUCUUGCCUUUGUGGUGUUCAACAUUGUCUACUGGGCAUAUCAUCUCAAUUAGUCCCAUAGUGCCCCUUCAUGGCUCCUCUCAAUUCCAUUUUGCCUUCUUUCUUCAUUUUAUUUUCUGGUUAUUUGGGCAGUUGAAUCAGUUCUGCCUUUCUCUUUAUAAACAUGAGGUGGGAAGUAGUUGGAAAGGAUGUGUUCUGGCUGGAAGGAAAGGGAUUGAAGAGGAGUUGGAGGUGAAUACCACAUUGAUUUUCCUUUUCUGCUAGAAGACUAUCACCUUUUCAAAGCCUUCCAAUAUCUCUGAAGCACAGAAAAGCCCCUAGAAAUGUUUGGAGGACAAAGUCAGGGUGGGAGACAGAGGAAGGAUCCAAGCCCUGUGCAUGAAUAUUUCUGGGGGGUUUUCUGCACCCCUCCCUGAGGUAUUGGAUUUUUUUUCUUUUUCGUUACUUUUAUACUUCUGUUUUUCCUUCCUAGGGAUUAUGGUCCUUGUUCACCCCCUGACAGGAGAAAGUCCAGCUGGGUUGAGCAAGGGUACACAGGGGAAGGAUUAGCCAUGGCUUGAAAGUGCCUCUUCCUCACUAUUUUCUUCUGUUAUGUUUUGAAUGCAGUGUUGUGGUGUGGGAUUGGAAAUGGAGUGUGGGUGAGUAGGGGUACUGAGUGAGAUGUCAGAGUGAGUGACAGAUCAUGUUUCCAGCAGGAGCUUGCAGGGGUGAUGAGGUCAAGUUGGAGACUCCCAGAUUGAACUGACAUCAUUGAAGGGAUUGGACCUUCUCUUGUCUAUAUUUCUGCUUCACAGUGCUUGACUGUACAGAUGGGGUACAUCUGUCGGUCGGAUGUUGGAUGCUGACUUGAUCACUAGUCACAGAGCAAGCACUUGCCAAACGGAGACUAGGGUCAGGAAAUUUUUGACUUGCUCUUUCGUCACCUGAUCUAGAAUAGCAGACAAACAAUUGUUGUGAAUCUCUAUAGUAAUCCUGUGUGUCUAGUGCAUAGCAAAUGUCAACAAGCUCACUGACCCAUCACGUUGUUACACCCUCACAGGAGCCCAGUAGCCAAGGAAGGCAGAGCACAUUGUCCCCAGUGUUCCAAGGGGAAAAAAUGGAGUUUAUGUAUCAUGCUUCAGGAUAUUCAGCUAGUAAGUGGUAGAGUCACUCCACUUGCUCUUCUCUCUUCUUAUCCUCUUAACUCUCUCAACUGAAGUGCUCCCCUCUCUCCUCCCCAUCUUUACAAAUGGGGGUGCUCCAUCAGGUUCUGUUUAUUUGCCAGGCACCAGACCAAAUUCUAUAGCACCUGGAACAGCUGUGCAGGAAGUGACCAGUGACCAGCCACUGAGCGUGAACCCAGCAUGUGGAACACAGCCACCGCCCACCCAGUGAGGCGGCUAAGGGAAACAGAAAGUAGCCUGCACCCCAGUUUUCUUGGCAGCUCCACCUCAUUAGUAGAGGCCAUGGGAGAAUAAGAUUUACCAAGCGCUCAGCCUAUGUUUCUCCUUCCUGCCCAGGCAGCCUCUCCUGCAGCCCCUCAGCCACCUCCCCUCUUGAUUGUGUUUCUGUGUUUGUGUUUCUGUGUAUACCUGAGUGCAUGUGUGCAUCAAGGUAAUUAUGUACAUACAACCAUUUGAGAAGCUGUACAGACCUAUGUAUAUCAGUGUAAAUCUAUAUUGGUGUGUAUAAGAGUGUAUAUAUAACAACAUGUGGUGCAUGUUUGUGUGUGCACACCCCUAUGAAAGAGUGUGUGUGCUUGUGUGUACACACAUGGGUAUAUGCUGUGUGUGUGUGGGAGCAUAUGUGCAUACUCAAAUUUAUUUAUCUGAUUUGAAUAAGUGUGAAAGGAAAUACACCUGAGAGCCUAUAUAUUUCCUGUUGGUGGCUCUUCUAGAACCACCUGAUUUCCUUUGGCCUGUUCCCAUAUAAGUGGGGGAGGGCCUUAUUUGGCCGGGCUGGUUAACUGACUGUUCCUUUCCAAUUCCCUGUUCCAGGGAGCAGUGUCUCCCGGUCCCCAUCCACUCUUCUCCUCCUUCCACCCAUCUGUGCUGUCUCCUGGACAGAAGACACAGGAGAAGUGAAUGUGGUCCCAGGAAGUGACAAUUUAGUGCCUUGAGGUAGGAGGUGCUCGAACAUGGGAUAAGCUGGGAACACAGAGCAUUGUGCUUUGUUUGUCCUGGAAUGACAUGUUUGAGGUCAAAGGCAGGGGUUGGCCAAGGGAGGGCCGAGGGCAUGCCUUGAAGAUGCAUCAAGAACAGAUACAUGAUGUAGACAAUGGGUGGGGAAAGCACAAGAACUGGAGAGGGAGUUGUAUAUAGCCCUUAUAACUCAUCCCCUUAUUGCAAUCAUAUUGUAAGCCUGACACGUGUGGGGGCUGAAGGCAGCCAAAAGCAGGUGGGUGAUGUGAGGAAAUAGCCCAGGGGAAUCAACUGCAACACCGGAUGCAGAGAACCAGAGGUGCCUGGGAGAGAGCUGCAGGUAUGGACCGUGGGGACGGGUCCUUUAGGGGUCACAGCACUAUAGUAACCCAUCCUGCAUCUUGGGACCAUGAUGGAUUUGGAAUCCAGGAGUCCCUCCUCUCACCCUCUCUAGGGAAAGAGAUUGUCAAAAGAGUGAGAGGAUUCACCAAGGAGAGAGGUGCAGAGGAGCCCCAGGGGCUGAUUACCUAGAUCAGCCCAGCUUCUUGUGUCUUCUUCUCUAUACACACAAGGUACAAAUAGAGCCUCCUACACAUACACAGCCAGAGAGACCUACACAGUCAUGCAUACAUGUAUACACAUGUGGGCACUCACCCUCAGCACUAAAUGGAUGUAUACACAAACACAUUUACACUCACAGCCACAUACAUAUUCACAUGCACAGUCACACACUAUCACCCUCCUAGUUGUGUGCAUGCACACACACAAAACAGCUAAAAAUAAAGAAGUUGCCACUGAAAUGUCUAAGCUCGUCUCUCUUUUUGGACACCUCUCACAGGAAGAUGCAGGUUGGAAGGAGAGAAAUGACCCCACAUCUGAGGCUCCCAUCAUGGCUAUUGAAACACUUGCUUCCUGGAGCCUAAACGUUGGUCGGUUGAUUGGGAUCUGAGUUUCCAGGACCCUGGGGGGCCUUGGAGCCCUGUGGGAAUUGAGCCAUUUAUUUGGGGUGAUGGCAUACAGAGAGAUUUGAGCAGUGGAGACCAGAAAGUAGGUUUGAAGAUGUAUUUCACAUCAAUGCACAGGAAGGCAUCAGAGCUCAGAGGAGGGGGUGGAGAGGCCAGUUGUAAAUAUCUCUGUAGAUCCAUGUAGCUAGAUAAAAUAUUUAUACCUUAAAAAGAACAUCUUGCCCUAAAGUGCUGCAACAAGAACAGUCAAACUCGACUGCAACUCACACCAUGUGAGGUUAAGUGUCAAGGUGAGGUGGAGGUUUGGCAAUGACACCUUUGCGGAAGUUCGAAGCUUCUGAGUCGUUCAUCAUGGAUUUGAUCGUUCUAGCCUGCAGAUUGCCAAAUCUCCCCUUGCCGUGUUCUGUGUGUGUUCUGUCGUCAGCGUCAUCGUUGAGCCCCAUCCUUAGCCAGCUGCCUCCAUCCCCUCCCACGCCUCAUCUAGCACCAGGUAACUCUGGAAGUGCAGAGCAUCUGGCAGGGCACUCUUGGGGGUCCAGUGAACAGAGCCUUUCUCAGCCCCAGCCAAUCAGAGAGUGCUUAUGGUGAGAAUCAUUUGGAGCUCAGGUGAAAGGAAGUGUCUCGUUGAGCCUGGGAUGGAGCACCCCUCACUUUGCUUUCCUACCCACGUUUCCUUUCUUUUCUUCACAUGGGCUAUCCCAUUAACUCUGUCCCUAGAAUUCCUUUUCCUGCACUACCACAGGAAGGACACCCUCUGUCUCUUCAGAGUGUCCUCUUGCUGUGAGGACAUGUGACACGUUUCCUGCCACUCUUUGCCCGUUCCAUCUGCCACUGUGGGGUGCCUUUACAGAGAUAACGGAUGAUCUUAUGGUUCUUACUGGAACUUGUAAAAUGUAUUCAUACAACCCGUGUCAUCUUGUUAAUAGCAAGGCAGUGAGGUCUUUGCAUAUUUAGAACUGAGUUUUGCUGAGACUGUGGCCAUUCCUAAUGAGGUUUCUUUAUUCUGUACAUAAAAGAACUAACCCUUUGAGCUAUUAACUAAUGAAUGCAUUUGCUCAGCUAUCAACCUGCAUGGUACCCUGCCGUGGUGAUGAGCAUCAGAGGAAAUCGUGACUUCUAUUGAAAGUGCAGUGUGUUUGUGUUUGUUGUGUAGUAUCCUGUGAUCCAUAUGAAAUCUCUAUUAUCAGUGUUGGGUUUUCAGGGUGGGGGGGAGUGUGUUACAGUAUCUCUCUGAUAUUUCAAUUAUAAAAUAGCCCCGGUUGGUCAGGGUCACCUCUGUCAACGUGCGUGAGACUUUGCACCCACUAUCUUGCCAGACUGCAUCCCUGGGGUCAGGGGUCAUCAGCAGAACUGAAGGUGCCCAAGUGUAGUGAAACUGGCUGUAGUGCCUGACUUUGGGCAGUGCCAGAGAGUUCUUCAGUGCACAGGCAAGGCAGUGCCAUUCUGAGGCAAAUGAAAUACAGUAAAACCACAAACAUGGACAUCUUCAAGGAAACCAAGAGAGGAGGAGGACCAAGACCCACAUGUCUUACUGGCCUGACCUGCAGAAGGGUGCAGAACAUCAGAGACCACCCCCUACCCCCAAGACAACCCAGCCUCUUUGUCCUCAUUAAAUGUACAGUGUUGCAUGAAAAAGACCUUGACCAAUCUGGACUUCAAAGAAGGAAAACAUGAAGAAACAUCAAAUUAUGUUUCUGAAAAGUAUGCCAAAAUAAAGGUGUGUAAAUAGUCAAAAGGAGAAAAUAAAUAUAUA